CAUAAUAGCAAACUUACAACAAUUAUUUAACAUUUUUAAAGCCAUGAAGAAGGGACAGAGCGCACAGCGGCUGAGGAGAGCGGCUGAUCGCAGGGCAGACACACGGAGGGCUCCCCAGGAGGGCCCUGGCGUGGGGCAAAGUCCUUAGGACUCCCUGGUGGAGCAGAGAAGCUUCUGUCGCCAUGAGCCACCUCUUCAGUCCCCCACUGGCCGCUCUAGCAGCCUCGCCGCUGUUGUACUUGUACAACCCCGAGAGGCCCGGGCUGCCCCUGGCCUUCGCCCCUGCGGCUGCACUGGCCGGCCCGGGCCGUGUCGAGCCCCCGCAGAAGCCGCCCUACAGCUACAUCGCGCUUAUAGCCAUGGCCAUCCAGGAUGCUCCCGAGCAGAGGGUCACACUGAACGGCAUCUACCAGUUCAUCAUGGAUCGCUUCCCGUUCUACCACGACAACCGCCAAGGCUGGCAGAACAGCAUCCGCCACAACCUGUCGCUCAACGAGUGCUUCGUGAAGGUGCCACGUGAGAAGGGGCGGCCGGGCAAGGGCAGCUACUGGACCCUGGACCCCCGCUGCUUGGACAUGUUCGAGAACGGCAAUUACCGGCGGAGGAAGAGGAAGCCCAAGCCCGCCGCGGGUUCCCCAGAGGCCAAGCGCACCCGGGUCGAGCCGCCGGAGUCCGAGGCCGAGGUGGGCUGCGAUGUAAGGUCCCCGGACCUGGCCACUGCACGCCCGACGCGCGCGCCGGAUCGCUCCCAAUCCCCGGCGGUAGGCACCGCGCGGCCCGCGCUCCUUCCCUGGCCCGGCCCUGAGCCCCGGGACCCCGACGCGGACGGCACAGUCCAGGGGGCAGGAGCAGUGGCGAGCGGCCAGCCCGAGCGUCCCAUACACCACUCCGUACACCAGCUGGGGUCCCCUCUGCGCCCCGCCCCCAGUGACUCCCCCAAAGGUUCCAAGUCAAAGAGUUUCAGCAUCGACAGCAUCUUAGCCGUGAGACCAAAGCCAGCCUCAGGGGCCGAAGCACCGGCGAUCCCUAAGCCCGUGCCUAGCGCUCUGGGCUCCUCUCUGCUGGCCGCCUCCUCAGGCCUACCGCCUCCCUUCAACGCUUCGCUGGUGUUCGACGCGCACGUCCAAGGCGGCUUUUCCCAGCUGGGGAUUCCCUUCCUUUCUUAUUUUCCUCUGCAGGUUCCCGAGGCCACGGUGUUUCGCUUCCACUAAGGCAGAUUAGCGGCUGCUUCCCCGCCCCGCGAUCCCCCACUUUCAGCGAGCCAAUGCCUGUGGGCGAAGGAGUCGCCCUGCUCUUUGCCCUGGCAGAGACUGUGGGUCUGGAGCAGUGUACCCAUGCCGGCCAAACUCGGUGCACUGAGGGGCCAUGUCCAUCUGCUUUCUCCGAAGAUGACUUAAACAGCCACCGAAAGCUUUGCGAUUUAAAAGACCAGUCCAGGAGAGGAAGUGGUCGACGCACACUCAGCGCUCACAGUCCAUCUCCUGCAGAAGCCCCU